CCACCCACACACACACACAAAUAAACUCUGCAUUAGUUUUGCCCCACAGACCGUUUCUUCUUUGUCUCUCGUUUGAUAGUUCAACAAUGAUUGGGUUUGAAAUUCUGCAUGUGUCCCUCUGUGUCAUGGGUUUGCUCUCGGAGACUCUGUGCUCUUUAACUGUGGAGGUGGAAGCUGGAGAUAACGCCACUGUUUGGUGCCAACAUGAGCUGAGUGAUACAGGUUACAUUGUCUGGUUUAAACACACAAGUGCUUCAGUUCCACUUCUUCUUGGGUGCAAAAAGUUUAGGACAUCAACUCCAUCACAAAACUGUUACUUCUAUAAUGAAAUUGAGCGAAUAGUGAUGUCUGUUCACGGCAAGAACACGUCUCUCACCAUCACCGCAGUAAAUGUCUCUGAUACAGGACUGUAUUACUGCAGCUUCAUAGAUCUGGACCAAGUGAACUUUAAAAACUCGACCUUUUUACAAGUGAAAGACAGAAAUAAAACACUUUCUGAGAACCCGGACAGAGCGAAAGGUUCAGUCUCUUCUCCUGUGUUCUUCAUACUGAAUGUGGUGUUCGGUGCAGUGAUUGUGAUUCUUCUCAGUGUCCUGAUCUUCAUCAUACUGAAACACAGAGAAACACACAGAGGAUCCGGACUCGGACUCGUUGCGUUACGCUGCGCUACAGUUCUCAAAGAAGAAAACCAAGAGGAGCGAGAGACGUGAUGAAAAUGUGGAUCCACAUGUUCUCUAUUCUUCUGUCAGACAGAGUAAUGUGUGUACAUAAUGUUAUAUAUCAGUUACUGUUUACUAAAUAUGAAACAGAUGUUUCUGAUGCUCUGAGGUUGAAGGGAUUCGACCUUUUAUAAACCCACAGUUACAAAAUAUGGGAUUGUAAAACUGCAAGAGCUUCAGGAUUCUGCACAUUUCUUUUUACUAUAGACCUUGUAUUAAGUCUCUCAGUUUAUCAUCCAGUGUAAUAAUAAAUUCAGGUGUAAAUAGAUACAUUUCUUUAUUUUGGACUUGUUUCUAAGAAAAUAACAGAUUUGUUGAGGCUCUGGCAAUAAAACCUGCUCUUUGUAUCAGUCACUAAUGCUGAUGUUGUGUGUAAACGCUGUGCCCCAUAAAGUAAUACAGUCGCCUCCAUAGUUCGAAUUACGGGGGGUACUGGGGGGUACUAUACCCCCCAAUGAAUACCCAGUACCCCCCAAAGAGACAAAAAUAUAAGUUUUGGGGGGGUCCGAUAUUUUUUCUGAUAUUGUGAAAAGGAAUAUAUAAUUCAAACCAACUCCCAUUCGGCAUUCUUAUUGUAGGAACAUUUUAAUGUAAAUCGAUUUCAGAUAGACACCCCUAUUGUGGACCGUACCAUUUUUAGUCACCGCAGCGCUAGAACGCGCUAGAGCGGGGGUUCUCAAAGUGUGGGAGAGACAGCCCCCCGCAGAGAGCAAAUAAACAACAGCGCCCCCCCCCCAAUUUUUGUUGUUGCUAUACUUAAUGUUCCAUUCGUAUUUAAAAAAAGGUUGUUUUACACAUUUUUAUUUUUUCUUUUACACAUUUUAAACAUCUGUGCUUUUUGAGAACAUCUUUUUUUUUACACAUUUAAAACAUAUGAGCUUUAUUAAAACAUCUUUUUUUUACAUAUCUGUGCUUUUUGAGAACGUCUUUUUUUUUUACACAUUUUAAACAUCUGUGCUUUUUUUAAACAUCUUGUUUUACACAUUUUAAACAUCUCAUAGCAUCGCUAGCUAGCACCUCUUGACAGGCAGCACACUGUGGCAGUGGAGUAUCUUCAGAUCCAGUCCAUGAAAAUCCAAACUUUAAAUAAUCGUGGUCAUACUUCCUUCUUUUUUUACUUGGCCCAGACUCUGUCUCCUCACUCACUGCAGCUUUAGGUGCCAAAAAUCGAUCCAUUUUGUCUCUGGAAAAGGCUAGCUGAAGUUCGCUAAAUGUCCGCAAUGGAGCACUUGCAUGUGACGUCACAGCCGAUCCAGAUUGUGACAGACGCCAUCGUGUCGGUCAAACGCCAUAUUCCGCCUUCUACUUCUGGUUCUACUUCUGCUUUUACUUCUACCUUUUCUUCUGGAAAACCCUACUAUAUACAAUUCUACUACAACGGCUGCGGCUACAAGCUCUCCCUACAUGUGCACGUUUUUUAUGUUUUUUGUGUGUAUUUUUGCGUGUUGUUCGUCUGUACCGGACUUCAAUAUCCACUACAACCGUAUGGACUUACUGGACAUUGGUUUCCAGCAGAAAAUGACGGUUUGUAGCGAUUUCCAUCGCAUGCACAACAUUCCGGACGAGAAAAAAAAUAAUAAUAACAUUCCGGACGAGACAGCGAGACCAGCGGGGUCUCCGUGGAUUGUUAUUGGAAGCAAAGCGAAGAAGGCGGCACCGGGAGCAGAAGCAAAAGCGAGGCUACAGGCAGAGCCGGCCUGUUGACUAAGCUUAGAAAACAGCUACUCAAACCUCCACUGCCAAGCCUCUACCUCUCCAACGCCAGAUCCAUGUAAACAAGACGGACGAUUUGGAAUUACCUUAUUCUAUUCUAUAAUCGGCUGGUCAGUGCUAUACUCAAUACUUAAGUGACUUACCCAUCCAAUGAGGAUUAUUUUCUUGUUUACAAGAUGCCACAUCUGAGUCGCUGACAAAUCCUGAAUUUCUGUAAAGAUAACUGUCCAGAGAUUUAUAAGCACGCAGUGCUUCACCACUGAACAGCGAGGGAAAGUUGAUGAGGUAAUCAUACACAUCCGGGUAUUCCGCUGGCAGUUCAAAAUCCGGUUGUGAAAACUCCGUCCGGAAAGCCAUAAGGGUCACAAAUCUGUAGAUCGUUUAUUUUAGACAUAUAUCUAGUUAUCUGUUCAUUAGAAAAAUGAGCCGUGUAGUCCGUCGGUUGAAAUUGAUCCAUUCUGUACACGAGUGCAGCAGUAUUCAAUGGUGUUUUUGACCGACAAGAUGGGGGUUGUGUACUUUCCGGUCACGUGACUGCAAGAUCUCUAUAGUAACUUAUUCUGGUUUAUUUUUCUUCACAUUGCGCCCCCCCCAAGAACUCUGGCGCCCCCUAGGGGAGACGCGCCCCACACUUUGAAAAGCCCUGCGCUAGAAGCAGUAGCUUCUAGUCCACACCGUAUUCAGUUGAUUCAUCAGAUACAGUCCAUGGGUUUGCAGCAAUUUAUACAGUCUGGGGUUUGCAGCAGAAGACGUGCAUUGGUAAUGUUAGUUGCUAACCAACUUUUAGCCUGUUGAAAAUGUGUUAUUUUACAACUUUCAUUUAUUAAAGUGAUUUGUUCUUUCAGCUCAUGUCACAUCUUUAUACGUUGAAUUACUUACCCACUGAGGCCAGAAGGCUAUAGUGGACGGACGUUAACGUUAGUUACCAACAUUAGUUAGCAAGAUAAGCUAAGUCCCUAUUUAAAUCAAACUUAUUACAGUGUGGUAUAGAAACGAUUCUCAUUUCAAAGGAGAAGAACUCCAUAUGUUUCCAUUCUCAUUUUAUCAUGAAUAAAUUGUGCCCUUCUGAAAUUCAUUUGGCACAUAGGCCCAUCAUGUGUGUGUGAUUAAGCACAAGAAGUUCUGAUGUAGGCCUAGCUAAGCCUAUGUAAAAUUACAGUCAGAACCUCUGGGGACUGGGGGCAACAUAAAAAGAGCCAGGUAGUAGGCUAGCCUAGGCAAAAUAGUACAUGGAUGUUUUCUAUUGUUUUUACUUACAUUCCUUUUGUAUUAUUUUUAAGAUAUUCAUAGUUUCAUAUGAGUACCCUGUUUGAUUUUAUUCACAGAGACAGUAGGCCAAACAUGAGGAAAAGAAAAGGGCCAGACAUCAGGCAUUUUUUUGGUGCUAAAAGAGUGAGUAGUAAAUAUUAGCACUAAUAUCUACAGACAAUUACAGUACAAGUGUAGGUGCAGUUAGGUUUUAUACACUGUUCAUGUGAAUAAAGAAAAUGGGUUCCCAGCAGACAGGAGAGGCACAGCAGGACAAAAGAGAGCAAGACAUUCAGCAGGACUGUUCUGCAUGUGUGCAUAUACUGUAUGUGACUCAUUUGUAGUGUUGAUACCCAGUUUGUUCUGACAAAGAAGGUUAUCAGGUUGUACUGCUGUUUUUCUUCUGUGGUAGUACUGUAUGGUUUGUCAUGCUUCUUAAUGACAUUAAAAAUUAUUGUUCAGA